GCGAGCGGAGCGCGUCUGGGGCCCCGGGCGGGCGGACGAGGCGCGCUGACUCCCCGCCCUCCGCGCCCCGCGCGCCCGCCCGCCCCGGGAGCCCUGUGUGCAGCGGAGGCAGCGGGGCCGGACGGCGGGAGCGCGCGGCGGCGCCGCGGGGGCCGCCCCUCUGCGGAUCGCGGCGGGCGAAGGGAAGGCCAGGGAGAGCCCAGCGCCAGAGCCCAAGCGCUUGGGCUCUUGCCCGGCGGUCGCGGACAUGUGCAAGAUGUCCUUCAAGAAGGAAACUCCACUUGCUAAUGCUGCAUUCUGGGCAGCAAGGAGGGGAAACCUGGCCCUGCUGAAGCUGCUGUUGAACAGCGGUCGAGUGGAUGUGGACUGCAGAGACAGUCAUGGCACCACACUGCUCAUGGUGGCCUCCUAUGCUGGCCACAUUGACUGCGUGAGGGAACUGGUUCUGCAAGGAGCAGACAUCAACCUCCAGAGAGAGUCAGGUACAACGGCCCUUUUCUUUGCUGCCCAACAAGGUCAUAAUGAUGUUGUGAGAUUUCUCUUUGGAUUUGGAGCAUCUACUGAAUAUAGGACCAAAGAUGGGGGCACCGCCCUGUUGGCUGCCAGUCAGUAUGGGCACAUGCAGGUGGUGGAGACCUUGCUGAAGCAUGGAGCCAACAUCCAUGACCAACUUUAUGAUGGAGCCACCGCCCUCUUCCUAGCUGCCCAAGGUGGUUACUUGGAUGUUAUUCGAUUAUUGCUAUCUUCAGGAGCAAAAGUCAACCAGCCAAGGCAGGACGGGACGGCGCCCCUGUGGAUCGCGUCCCAGAUGGGCCACAGCGAGGUGGUGCGGGUGAUGCUGCUGCGAGGAGCAGAUCGGGACGCCGCACGCAACGAUGGUACCACAGCAUUGCUGAAAGCAGCGAACAAAGGGUAUAAUGAUGUUAUAGAGGAGCUGCUUAAAUUCUCACCCACUCUUGGGAUUUUGAAGAAUGGGACGUCAGCACUCCAUGCAGCAGUGCUCAGUGGGAACAUUAAAACGGUUGCCCUGCUCCUGGAAGCAGGGGCAGACCCAGCCCUAAGAAACAAGGCCAAUGAACUUCCAGCAGAACUCACCAAAAAUGAACGUAUAUUGCGUCUUCUCCGAAGUAAAGAAGGACACAGGAAGAGCUAAGUUAGUUCCAUAUUUGACAGAAAGGUAGAAACCUAAACCACAUUGUCCAAAAAGAAAUUGCUUUUUGCCAGGUAUGGUGAUGCACACCUGUAAUCCUAGCUACUAUGAAGGCUGAGGCAGGAGGAUUGCAAGUUCGAGGGCAGCCUCAGCAACUUUGUGAGAUCCUGUCUAAAAAUAAAAAUAAAAACCAGGGCUGGGGAUGUAGCUCAGAAGUAGAGCUCCCCUGGGUUAAAUCCUCAGUAUCACCAAAACAAAAUUAAAAAAAAGAAAAGAAAAGAAAAAUGCUUUUCAGUGUUGGAAAUUCUUUUCAGAAAGAAUAUGCUUAGAAUGCCCAUCCUGUGGGAUCCUCACAAAGAGCUGAGUCAAGAACAGAAGAGCUCGGGUCCCUGUCCCCUCACUUACAGUGAGCUUCUUAACACUGCCCUGAAACUCAGUUCCCAGGACCUGGCAUAUUCAUGGAUUCCACAGAAAUACAUCUGCUGCUAUGCUAACUUGGGUUUCCGAGUUAAACUAAAAGUUGGACAAGGUUUUCAGCAAUAUGCAAGGAGACACAAAGUUUGUUCCUUUUCAAAACCAGGUGGUUGACCUUUGAAGAACUGAUGCACUUUUGCUUUUGUGUUAAAUGUAGGUGUGCUAAAAUAUGUAGAUCCAUCCUAUUUUACUUAUAUGUACAUAGAUGUAUGUCAUUUCAGUGUUAAAUGUUUUCUUCCACCCAAAGAUCACAGGCAUGAUAAUUGAGAAUCAAUGAUGUGCAGGCAUACAUCAAGAAAGCCACUUCUGACAUUCCACCUUGAGCUAUUUAAAGAUGGACGGUUGAACUACAGAACAGACAACCAAUAUGUUUGUUAGUUAAUGCUCGUCUUAUUCCUGAUGUGUAAAAAUCAUUUUCACUUAGUCAACAUGGUAGGUAGUUAGGAUACAAGUGGCAAAUUUGAAAAUCCAGAAAAUUAUAAACUAUAAGAAAUGUAGGCUUGCCUCUUUGAGAUUUUAUUUCGGUUCUCCAGUUGGGAGCCUAUGUCCUAUACAAGUAAGUAGGCCUAAUAUGCUGUGGAAUCUUGAGCUUCCAAUACCACAUUGCUUGAUAAAAUGACCAUGGUCCUUAGAUAAAAUGUGAUAUAUGCAAGUACACUGUGCUAUCACUAUUGCAAGAGUAUACGUAACAAAAGAUGGCUGUUAGUAUUUGGUAAGUGUUCAUCUAUGCACAUUCUUGGAUUGAUUGAUUCCAAGAAGGAAUCCUGAGUUUUACUGAAUUUUUCCUUUGAGGGGAAUUAAAACAUAUUUAAUGCACUUUAUGAUCAAUGGUGUCUAUCUAACUGCCUCUGUCAGUGCCUAACUGCACACACAAAAAUUAAACCUUCUUUCUAUAAUCUCCCAUGAUAAAUUCUAAUAGUUUUUCUGCUGUUGAAAUGCAUUGCUGAUUUUCUUGCUCACGUUUUGCUCUAGUUUCCAACCAGUAUUCUGUGUAAAGACACAUUAUGAUCAAGAGAAAUAUUGUAAUCCCAGAAUAAGUUUUUUUUUAACCAAUUUACAGUGGUACUAAAAGCAUCAUCUUUAAGUCAGUAAAUGAUAGAAUGUAAUUUUUGAAAGUAGAAGAUAUUCUCUUGCACUUAUUAUGAUUGAUGUAAUAAAAAUCAGCAUAUUUUGAUCAAUGUCACAAGCAAAGCCACAGCCCCCAGAGAUAUCUAUAGCCUGAAUAGCCAUGCAGAAAUCUUCUAUCUAAUUCCAAGAUAAAAGAUUAGAAAGCUCUGUGUUGCCAAAACACCAGAUAUAAACAUUUUGGUAGCUAAAAAGCAGUGCCAAUUUCCUUGUUGACAUUCUUUUAUUGAGUAAAGUUAUAUAAACACACAUUUUCCCCUGUGAGAAUUUCAAAAAGCUAUAUUCAACUUCAAGAGGCAAAUAAUGUGGCCUUAAAUGCUUAAUAUUUUUCACUCUAGUUAGCCCUUAUUCCAAAAAUAGUUGCUGAUCAAUGAUCUAAAACAGAAGAGUUUUAUGGGUAAACAACAAAUUUCCAAAAGACAAAAUUACUGACUUAAUAUUUUUAAAAUAUGUUGUUAUUGGUAUAUUCCUUAGAUGUGUGAAGUGGAUAAUGUUCUUGAAUAAUAUUAGGGCCUUAAAAAUGAAACCAGUAGCGUUAAAAAUGUUUAACGAAGGCCUUCUUACCAUAGGUAGGAGGUGUCUAGCUUAGAAGGAACACAUUUGAACUAGAGGAGAUUAUUCUAUUAUCUACAGUAGCAAGAGUGAUUAAUCACCUACCAAAGACUGAACAGAAGGUCUGUUCUUUUAAAAAUGACAUUUUAGUUUGCACACAGGUAAAUGGUUCUUAUUUUACAUUUAUCUAAUUCACAUUCAAUGAACUCUGCAUCCUUGGACUAAAAGCUAUCAAAUUUUAAUGCAAAUCAUCUGCUUACUUAAACUACAGAAAAUUUUCAUCACCUGUAUUUGUUUGAUGACACAUUCCACAUUGUCAUUCAAAAUAAAGUUAAUGAACUA